UGUUGUGAAGAGUGCUAAUGAUUAGAAUGUUCAAUUCAGUGCCGCAAGACUGGAAAACUGCUAAUUAAACGUUUUAAGGUAUGAACAAGAUGUCAAAUAUGUCUGAGGUUUCGGAUGACGGGGAGGCUAUUCAGGACACUUUGGAGCACUUAGGUGAUGACGAAUACGCAGCUGUUGUGAUGCUUAUUGUUUUUUCGGUCAUCGGAGUUGCCGGAAACGCCCUUGUUUUGUAUGGGUUUUUUAUGUUGAAACCAAAAAUGACUUCAACGAUAUUUAUAUUGACUUUGGCAGGGAUUGAUUUUACGUCCUGUCUGGUCACCAUUCCUGCUACAGCUGCUAUGGAGCUGGUGGUUUUUAGGGUGCCUUACGACCCUUUGUGUAAAGCUUAUCAUUUUCUGGUGACUACAACCAUACCUUUUUCUGCGUUUGUAAUGGUAGCUAUCGCUGUGGAUCGUUAUUAUUGCAUAUGUAAGCCUUUCAUCCAGAUCAUGACGAAGUUUAGAGCCAAGAUUAUAGUAUUUUCUUUAAGUAUUCUUGCUCUGAUUAUUGGUUUCGUAAGCUGCUUGAACUUUGGCUUGGUUGAACAAAGAACACACAAAAACGAAACAAAUAUGACACUGGAAUUACAAGCCACGAUAGAGCUUCUAGGACCAGAUGAUCCUGUGGUGCUUGCGCUUAAAGAAAAAUAUUUCCCAUCACCAGUUUUUUUGUGUGGUAACCCCCGAAUGUUAGGUGAAACAUUUUACACAGUGUAUAAUACAAUAUACGCAUCAAUUUACGCGACGUGUGGAAUUGUGGUUAUCAUUCUGUAUGUUGUUAUUUACCACUUCAUCCUCACACGCAGACAACGACGACUUAGAACCGAGUCUUUCCCCUGUUGUACAUUCAGUAAAACACAACUUGGUGAAAGCGAACAUACAGACUUCAUUUACGUUAGUCAGGAAACACAAAAUACGUGUGUGACCGAUGAAGCUGAGAAGGAUGCCAAUUUGAACAGUCCCAUGUUAAAACCAAAUAACGAACUUCAAGGUUCUCAGGCAACAACGCUGAAUAAUGAACCCCCACCAAAGUCACGACAAAAGAAAAAGAAAAAUCACAGGAAAUCGGAUGCGACAUCCACUUUUCGACUUAAACAAGAGCGUAUCCGUGUAAAUAACAUCAAGACCGCUCUGAUGUUGUCUGUUGUUGCUCUUGUAUUCAUUGCAGCGUUCCUACCAGCUUGGCUUAUGAAGCUUAAGGUUGUCCCAUUUAACACGAUAUUGUUUUACAUGUACUUUAUUUACAACGUAGCAAAUCCUUUCAUUUAUGCUUUCAUGAACCCCGAUUUUCGUCAGAAAAUGGCCAUAGUCGGUACAAGAAUUAAAAAUCAGUUUAAGAAGUGAUUUCUUAACAAAGGUGCUCAAGAUGUGCUGUAAUUAUUCGAAAAUGGUAUCCCUUCCAUCGGCCAUCACACUUUAUUUAUAUUUUGUACAAAGUCAGGGAAUUGUUUUGUAAACAUUCUUCAUUUACAAAAAUUGAAGAUGGAUUUAAGGUUUAUUUUGAUGGAUCACCAUGUUUGUAAAAUAUAUUUAUCAAGGAAUGUAACUAUUUCUUAAAAUAUUUUGCAGUACUACAUGACUAUUGUACAUUAUAAAAGUUAAUUGUUGGAACAAAACCUGAUAGCAUUACAUAACUCUUCAAAGGUCAGUUUAC